UGAAUGUCACAUUUCUAACCUCGGUUGUAAACAUAUGUGUGGUUUCUAAAGUCUCAGAGGAUAAACAUAAUGGCAAAGGCGAAAGUUACCUUCAAGAUUACUUUGACAUCAGAUCCCAAGCUUCCUUUCAAAGUGUGGAGCCAGUGAAUGAGUGAGUGUCAUGAUGAAAGUGGCAGUGCUGUUAGCUCACAGAACUUGCAGAACUUUCCCGAUUAGGCCACAAUCAGUUGGCUCGAAUGGAAGCAGAAGGAAGUGACCUUAGAAAUUUAAUCCAAGUUUUCUACGAAGUUUCAAAGUUUUGUGAAGGAGUUACAGGCAGCACUGAUGCAGAGUUUGUGUUCAAAAGUGCUCAAAUUGUGGAAAAUACCUGUUCAAAAUUUGAAAGUUUAGGUGCUCUUGAAGAUUUUGAAAGUAAACUGAAUCAGUUUUGGGAAUUGAAAGGUUUGAAUGGUUUACCAAUCCAGUUUUACAAAAAAGCAGUAAAUGAGGUACUUCGUAGAUAUAUAACUGAUUGUAAGUUUAGUGACAAUGAUGUGCAGUGUGCUAUCAACAAAUUCUUACUGAUUCGGUCCAGAGAAGAUUUCGUGGAAGUAAUAAAACAUCUUAGUGACACUCACCGCAGUAUUGAAUUGUUGAAGCGAAAUUGUAGUCCGACUGAAAUUCUUAAGUAUAAUGCUGAAAUACUACUUUGUGAUCUUACGAAACAAUUGAUAAGAACUAAUGGUAACAUCGAAGAAUUAAAUUCUACGAUCGUCAAUAUUUUCUCUGAAAAUAGGGACAGUGUGAAGAUUUUCGUCAGAGUGUUGUGUUUAACGGAUAAAUGUGAACUUUCGCAAUGUGUUCAAAAUGUGAUUGCAAUAAACAUCAGUAAUUAUUUGGGGAAUCCGGAGAAUAUUACAGAGUUCUCUUAUAUUCUGGAACUUGAUGAUAAAGAUUUCAGUGACAUCAUUGUUCGUUGGAAACCGCUGCCUGAAACUUUCAUGAACAUUAUUGAGAUAUCUGUGGAACACUUGAAGUGUAACUACACCGAGAGCUCAUAUUCCUGGGAGUAUUCUGGGUCAGAGAAGGGUCUGCCCUUUGAAAUGAUCAUUACAUUGAUCAAUAAGUUGAAGCCUGUACCAGAAAUGAGUGAUAGUAUAAAAGAGCUACUGCACAGAUCAAAAGAGAAAGGUUUUGAAAUAAUAGUGGAAGACAUAUUCAGGAUAUGCAAACUUAGAUAGGGUAUCAGUGCCAGAGGAAGCCCCGAUCACGGCUCUCGUAAAAUUUGCAGCUGAGGAGUUCAAGGUCCCUGCAGAAACCUCUGCCAUCAUCACAGACGAUGGAAUCGGGAUCAACCCUUCCCAGUCAUGUG